UCCCUCUUUUGCUUUUUGUUAUGAAAUUCCCUCAGUUUCCAUAUUUCUUCAAGUUCCAAUCUUUCCCUCAUUUUCACAAGCUAUUCUUUUCCUCACAACCAAAAUGGAAUUCCAAGCACAACCCAAAUCUUGUAAUCACCCACCCAACUCUUAUCCUCAUAGAAUCUUGCAAUUCAAUUUCACACAUAAAGCAAAUUCAAGCCAAUAUGAUACACACUGGCAUGAUUUCACACAUUUUCCCUAUCAGUAGACUUAUAUCCUUUUGUGCUUUGGAUGUUAAUGGUGAUAUAAACUAUGCAAAUGCUUUGUUUUCAGAAAUUAAUGAACCUAAUGUGUAUAUUUGGAAUACUAUGAUAAGGGGUUUUGUUAAAAAUCAGUUCUUGGAAAUGAGUUUUUGUUUGUUUAGGAGAAUGGUAAGGGAAAAGGUUGAAAUGGAUAAGAGAAGUUAUGUUUUUGUGUUGAAAGGGUGUGGGGUUUUGGAGGGGAUGGGGGUGCAUUGUAGGAUUUGGAAAGUUGGGUUUUUGAGUGAUUUGAUUGUGAGGAAUGGCUUGGUUCAUUUUUAUGGUGGAAGUGGGAAAAUUGUUGAUGCACAGAAGGUGUUUGAUGAAAGUCCUGUUAGGGAUGUAGUUACUUGGACUAGCUUGAUUGAUGGGUAUGUGAAAAUGCAUAUGGUUGAUGAGGCAUUGAGGUUGUUUGAUUUGAUGUGUUCAAGUGGUGUUGAGUUUAACAACGUUACGUUGAUAACUGUGUUUUCUGCAUGUUCGUUGAAGGGGGAUUUGAGUCUGGGGAAAUCAGUUCAUGAACUUGCGGAGAACAGAGGUGUGGAAUGCAGUCUUAAUUUGAUGAAUGCCUUAUUGGAUAUGUAUGUGAAGUGUGGUUGUCUGCCUAUGGCUAAAGAGAUAUUUGAUAAGAUGGAGAUCAAGGAUGUGUUUUCAUGGACAAGUAUGAUCCAUGGCUAUGCAAGAAAUGGGGAGGUAGACUUGGCAAAGAAGUGUUUUAGUGUGAUGCCUGAACAAAAUGUAGUUUCUUGGAAUGCGAUGAUUGCUUGCUACUCGCAAAAUAAUAGACCUUGGGAGGCCCUUGAACUCUUCCUUGAAAUGGAGAAACGAGGUUUGGUUCCCAUGGAAAGCACUUUGGUCUCUGUGCUCUCUGCUUGUUCUCAAUCUGGUUCUUUGGAUUUUGGUCGACGAAUUCAUGAUUACUAUAUUAAGCAAAAAGGGAUUAAAUUCAGUGUGAUCCUGGCAAACACAUUAAUAGACAUGUACGGAAAAUGUGGAAACAUGGAUGCAGCUGGAGAGCUCUUCCACGAAAUGCAAGAAAGAGAUUUGGUCUCCUGGAAUUCAGUAAUAGUAGGAUGUGCUUCUCAUGGUCUCGCCGAGAAGGCUGUCACUCUUUUUGAACAAAUGAAAUGCUCGGGACUCAAGCCUGAUAGCAUCACAUUUGUGGGUGUUCUAUCAGCAUGCGCUCAUGGUGGAUUGGUCAAUCAAGGCUGGGAGUACUUUAGGUGCAUGGAAUUAAAUGGCUUGAUUCCCGGGGUGGAACACUAUGCUUGCAUGGCAGAUUUACUUGGCAGAUCAGGGCAUCUGAAAGAAGCUUUUGAGUUCACAAAGCAAAUGCCGGUGGAACCUGAUAAAGCUGUUUGGGGUGCUCUGCUUAACGGUUGUCGGAUGCAUGGAGAUGUUGAGCUGGCCAAGGUCGCUGCUGAGAAACUUAUAGAACUAGAUCCUCAAGAUAGCGGUAUUUAUGUGCUUCUUGCAAGCUUGUGUGCUAAUGAGAGGAAAUGGGCUGAUGUUAGAAUGGUUAGAAGUUUGAUGAGAGCUAAAGGUGUAAAGAAGAAUCCAGGACAUAGUUUGAUAGAGGUUGACGGUAACUUCUACGAAUUUGUGGCUGCUGACGACUCACACCCCGAAUCUCAGGCAAUACAUAAAGUGCUUGAUGAGAUUAUAUUGCUCUCUAAGUUAGAAGAAUAUGUUUCUGAUGCACAGCCAGAACAAACAUGACAAAUACACUGUGAUCCAGCCAGUAAGUCUUGACAGGCAUGGAAGCACUUCCAAUUCCUCCGGUCAGUAAUUACUAACUCGUGAUUGAUCCAUUUAACACUGAAGCUGGUAAAUAGGUGAGUUUCCCCAUAGAGUUUGCUGCAAGUUUGAAGGUGGAAUCAGCUUGCAACUCUUCGAAUAAUCGGGAUGUUGUAUGAAGAGGAUGAAGCACCUUCUCGAAGCAUUGGACCAAAGAUUGCUGGGAACAUUAUAUACCAACAAUUUUCAGGUAUUGGGCACCUUGUUUUAGUUCUAGUAAAUGCUGAAUCACAGAACAUAGCUCGCUUACCAAGUCGCUCAUUUGAUGAGUACACUUUUAGAUACAAUAUAACUAUUAUCAUACAGAUCAUAGCUCGCCUACCAAGUCACCCAUUUGAGUAGUUGCCAGGAAAAAAAUGAGGAGGAAACGAAGUUGUCCACGAAGCUUUUGAAUGUCCCUAGAAGGGCCUUCCUAAGCUUUCACCUAUUUACCUAAAAUCUCAACACUGAGUAUUCUACUAAUUAUCUAAAUUACAUGUCAUACUAAACAUUAGUUAGCUUUUUCUAACGGAGAAUUAUGAUAUCAAUCAA